AUGACUCAAGAAGGGGGGAAAUGGCCACUGGAGGGGUCUGGGGGGGGGACGGGUGGCUGGGGAGGCGGCCACCAGCAUCCCCCUGCCCACACGCUGCCGGGUCAUGGUUGUGCCCGUGAUGAAGUGGUGGGGUGGGCACAUCUCUCACCCCCUUUCCCUCCUCUCUCCGCAGACGAUGUCUCCCCGUACUUUAAGACGGAGCCGGUGCGGAGCCAGGUCCACCUGGAGGGGAACCGCCUGGUCCUGACGUGCAUGGCAGAGGGCAGCUGGCCCCUGGAGCUCAAGUGGCUGCACAACAGCCAGGAGCUGACCAAGUUCUCCCUGGAAUACCGGUACAUGAUCACCUCUCUGGACCGCACACACGCCGGCUUUUACCGCUGCAUCGUCCGGAACCGGAUGGGAGCGCUGCUGCAGCGCCAGACCGAGGUGCAGGUGGCCUACAUGGGGAGCUUCGAGGACAGCGAGACGCAGCAGAGCGUGUCCCACGGGGAGGCGGCCGUCAUCCGCGCCCCCCGCAUCGCCAGCUUCCCCCAGCCCCAGGUCACCUGGUUUCGGGAUGGCAGGAAGAUCUCCCCCAGCAGCAGCAUAGCCAUCACGCUGGAGAACACCCUGGUCAUCCUCUCCACGGUGGCUCCGGACGCGGGACGUUACUACGUGCAGGCGGUGAAUGACAAGAACGGGGACAACAAGACGAGCCAGCCCAUCACGCUGACGGUGGCCAAUGUGGGUGGCCCGGCUGAUCCCAUCGCACCCACCAUCAUUGUCCCACCCAGGAACACCAGCGUGGUGGCUGGGACCUCGGAGGUGACCAUGGAGUGCGUGGCCAAUGCCAGGCCGCUGAUGAAGCUGCACAUCACCUGGAGGAAGGACGGGGUGCCCCUCUCCAGCGGUAUCAGCGACUACAGCCGCCGCCUCACCAUCCUGCACCCGGCGCUGAGCGACAGCGGCUACUACCAGUGCGAGGCCGCGCUCCGCAGCAGCAGCGUGCCCGCCGUGGCACAGGGCGCCUUCCUCUCCGUCCUGGAGCCGCCGCAGUUCGUCAGGGAGCCGGAGAGGCACAUCACGGCCGAGAUGGAGAAGGUGGUGGCCAUCCCCUGCCAAGCCAAGGGUGUGCCUGCUCCUGAGAUGGCCUGGUACAAGGACGCUGCUCUCAUCCCCCUGGAGAAGCUGUCCCGCUUCCAGCUCCUGCCUGAUGGCAGCCUGCAGAUCAGCAGGCUGGUCCCUGAUGACACUGGCAUGUUCCAGUGCUUCGCCCGCAACGCGGCCGGCGAGGUGCAGACCACCACGUACCUGGCUGUGACCAGCAUUGCCCCCAACAUCACCCGGGGUCCGCAGGACAGCGCAGUGAUUGAUGGCAUGUCCGUGAUCCUCAACUGCGAGACCUCGGGGGCCCCGCGCCCCGCCAUCACCUGGCAGAAAGGGGAGCGGGUCCUGGCCAGCGGGUCGGUGCAGCUCCCGCGCUUCACGCUGCUGGAGUCGGGCAGCCUGCUGCUCAGCCCCGCGCAUCUCGCCGACGCCGGCACCUACACCUGCCUGGCCACCAACUCCCGGGGCGUGGAUGAGGCGUCUGCAGACCUGGUUGUCUGGGCAAGGACACGCAUCACCAACCCACCGCAGGACCAGAGUGUCAUCAAGGGGACCAAAGCCAUCAUGAGCUGUGGGGUCACCCAUGACCCCAGUGUGGACGUCAGGUACAUUUGGGAGAAGGACGGGGCACCGCUGAGCCCCGCGAGCAGCCCGCGGUUGCGCCUGGACGAGAUGGGCACCCUCCACAUCUCCCAGACCUGGUCUGGUGACAUCGGCACCUACACCUGCAAGGUGGUCUCGGCCGGGGGCAAUGACUCCCGCAGCGCCCACCUCCGCGUCCGGCAGCUCCCCCAUGCUCCCGAGAGUCCAGUGGCCACCCUCAGCUCCCUGGAGAAACGGGCCAUCAACCUGACCUGGACCAAGCCCUUCGAUGGCAACAGCCCCCUGCUCCGCUACGUCGUGGAGGUCUCCGAGAAUAACGCUCCCUGGACCGUGCUGCUGCCCAGCGUGGACCCCGAGCUGAGCUGGGUGGCGGUGCGGGGCUUGGUCCCCGCUCGCUCCUACCAGUUCCGCCUCUGCGCCGUGAACGACGUGGGCAGGGGACAGUUCAGCAAGGACACGGAGAGGGUGUCCCUGCCCGAAGAGCCCCCCUCCGCGCCCCCCCAAAAUGUCAUUGCCAGUGGACGCACCAACCCGUCCAUCAUGCUCCAGGGGCAGCCGCCCCCUGAGAGCCACCAGAAUGGUGUCCUCAAGGGCUACAUCAUCCGAUACUGCCUGGCCGGGCUGCCCGUGGGCUACCAGUUCAAGAACAUCACCAACGCUGAGGUCAACAACCUGCUCUUGGAGGACCUCAUCAUCUGGACCAACUAUGAGAUCGAGGUGGCAGCGUACAACAGUGCUGGCCUCGGGGUGUACAGCAUGAAGGUGACCGAGUGGACGCUGCAGGGAGUCCCCACCGUGCCCCCGGGAAACGUGCAAGCUGAGGCCACCAACUCCACCACCAUCCGCUUCACCUGGGACCCUCCCAGCCCCCAGUUCAUCAACGGCAUCAACCAGGGGUACAAGCUCAUCGCCUGGGAGCCGGAGCACGAGGAGGAGGCGACGGUGGUGACGGUGCGACCCAACUUCCAGGACAGUGUCCACGUGGGCUACGUGGCGGGGCUGAGGAAAUUCGCUGAGUACUUCACCUCGGUGCUGUGCUUCACCACCCCGGGGGACGGCCCGCGCAGCCCCCCCCAGCUGGUGCGCACCCACCAGGACGUGCCUGGCCCCGUGGGACACCUCAGCUUCAGUGACAUCCUGGACACAUCCCUGAAGGUCAGCUGGCAGGAGCCACUGGAGAAGAAUGGCAUCCUGACGGGCUACCGGAUCUCCUGGGAGGAGUACAACCGCACCAACACACGGGUGACCCACUACUUGCCCAAUGUCACCCUGGAGUACCGUGUCACUGGCCUCACUGCCCUCACCACCUACACCAUCGAGGUGGCUGCCAUGACCUCCAAGGGCCAGGGCCAGGUCUCCUCCUCCACCAUCUCCUCGGGGGUGCCACCAGAGCUCCCUGGUGCCCCCACCAACCUGGGCAUCUCCAACAUCGGACCCCGUUCCGUCACCCUGCAGUUUCGCCCGGGCUAUGAUGGCAAAACCUCCAUCUCCCGCUGGCAGGUGGAGGCACAGGUGGGCCAGACUGGCGAAGCUGAGGAGUGGGGGCUUGUCCAUCAGCUCUGGAGCCAGUGGGUGGUGGGACGUACCCGGGAGUCAGUGCCCUCCUCCGGCCCCAGCAAUGUGUCAGCCCUGGCCACCACCUCCAGCAGCAUGCUGGUCCAGUGGAACGGCAUCCCCGAGGCAGACUGCAAUGGUCUCAUCCUGGGCUACAAGGUGAUGUACAAGGAGAAGGACUCGGAGGUGCGUGCCCAGUUCUGGCUGGCAGAGGGCAACGCCUCCCGCAGCGCCCAGCUGAGCGGGCUGGGCAAAUACACACUGUAUGAGAUCCGGGUACUGGCCUUCACCAGGAUGGGGGAUGGUGUGCCCAGCCGGCCACCCGUCCUCGAGAGGACGCUGGAUGAUGUGCCAGGCCCCCCUGUGGGGAUCCUCUUCCCUGAAGUGAGGACCACCUCGGUGCGGCUCAUCUGGCAGCCACCAGCGGCACCCAAUGGCAUCAUCUUGGGUAGCCGCAACGCCACCGCUUUCGUCGUGGACAGGCUGAAGCCUUUCACCUCCUACAAGUUCCGUGUGAAGGCGACAAAUGACAUUGGGGACAGCGAGUACAGCGAGGAGUCCGAGUCACUCACUACCCUGCAGGCGGCCCCUGAGGAAGCCCCCACCAUCCUCUCCGUCACCCCGCACACCACCACCUCAGUGCUCAUCCGCUGGCAGCCCCCGGCCGAGGACAAGAUCAACGGGAUCCUGCUGGGUUUCCGGCUCCGGUACCGGGAGCUGGUGCCCGACCCUCUGCGCGGCUUCUCCCUGCGCAGCAUCAGCAACCCUGGUGCCACGUGGGCAGAGCUCACCCCCGUGUACGCCGUGCACAACCUCAGCGAGGUCACCCUCACCCAGUACGAGCUGGACAACCUGAGCAAGCACCGGCGCUACGAGAUCCGCAUGAGCGUGUACAACGCCGUGGGCGAGGGGCCCCCCAGCCCCCCCCAGGAGGUCUUCGUGGGUGAAGCAGUGCCCACGGGCGCGCCACAGAACGUGGCAGUGCAGGCGGCCACGGCCACCCAGCUGGAUGUCACCUGGGAACCGCCACCCGCCGAGAGCCAGAACGGGGACAUCCAGGGCUACAAGAUCCACUUCUGGGAAGCCCAGCGCCAGAACGCGAGCGCGCGGGUGAAGACGCUUUUCCUGCCGGAGACGGGGGUGAAGCUGAAGAACCUGACCGGGUACACCUCGUACUGGGUCACCGUCGCCGCCUUCAACGCCGCGGGAGAUGGUCCCCGCAGCCCCCCUGUCCAGGGGCGGACGCAUCAGGCAGCCCCCAGUGCCCCCGGCUCCAUCCGGUUCAGUGAGCUGACCACCACCUCGGUGAACGUCUCCUGGGAGCCACCACCCCUGCCCAAUGGCAUCCUGGAGGGCUACAGGCUGGUCUACGAGCCCUGCAUGCCUGUGGACGGUGUCAGUAAGAUUGUGACGGUGGACGUGAAGGGGAACAGCCCACUGUGGUUGAAGGUGAAGGACCUGGCUGAGGGCGUGACGUACCGGUUCAGAGUCCGGGCCAAAACCUUUGCCUAUGGACCAGAUGUUGAGGCAAACAUCACCACGGGGCCUGGGGAAGGUGCUCCCGGCCCCCCUGGUGAGCCCUUCAUCUCCCGCUAUGGCUCAGCUAUCACCAUCCAUUGGUCCAGCGGGGACCCUGGCCAAGGGCCCAUCACCAGAUACGUCAUCGAAGCCCGUCCUUCAGACGAGGGGCUUUGGGACAUCCUCAUCAAAGACAUCCCCAAGGAAGUGACCUCCUACACCUUCAGCAUGGACAUCCUCAAGCAGGGGGUCAGCUAUGACUUCCGUGUCAUCGCUGUGAAUGACUACGGCUACGGGACCCCCAGCACACCUUCCUCCUCUGUGUCAGCCCAGAAAGCUAACCCGUUCUACGAGGAGUGGUGGUUCCUGGUGGUCAUCGCCCUGGUGGGGCUCAUCUUCAUUCUCCUGCUCGUCUUUGUGCUCAUCAUCCGUGGGCAGAGCAAGAAGUAUGCCAAGAAGUCAGACUCAGGGAAUGGCUCCAAGGCCACUGCCCUGAGCCACGGCGAGAUGGUGAGCCUGGAUGAGGGCAGCUUCCCUGCCCUGGAGCUCAACAACCGGCGCCUCUCCGUGAAGAAUUCCUUCUGCAGGAAGAAUGGCAUCUACACCCGGUCCCCACCGCGACCCAGCCCCGGCAGCCUCCACUACUCAGAUGAGGACGUGACCAAGUACAACGACCUGAUCCCCGCCGAGAGCAGCAGCCUGACGGAGAAGCCCUCCGAGGUCUCCGACUCUCAGGGCAGUGACAGCGAGUACGAGGUGGACCCUGCCCACCAGAAAGCCCACUCCUUUGUCAACCACUACAUCAGUGAUCCCACCUACUACAACUCGUGGCGGCGGCAGCAGAAGGGCAUCUCGCGGGCUCAGGCGUACAGCUACACCGAGAGCGACUCGGGGGAGCCCGAGCACACCCCCCUCUCCAACAGCACCUCCACCCAGCAGGGCAGCCUCUUCCGCCCCAAAGCCAGCAGGACUCCCACCCCCCAGACCCCUGGCAGCGCCCCCAGCCAGCCUGGCACCCUGUAUCGCCCCCCCAGCAGCCUGGCUCCUGGCUCCAGAGCUCCCAUCGCUGGAUUUUCUUCUUUCGUUUGAUAUUGAAGCAGAAGCAAAAACAAACAGGAGGAAAAAAAAAAACAAACAACCAAACACAAA